AUGGAGGUUUCUUUGGCUGUUUUAGCACUGGCAUGGCUAGCUGCAUUGGCCAUACUUUCAAAAGUCCUCAACUUCCGCCAACAGAAACAUAAUUUUCCACCGGGUCCCAAACCUUGGCCGAUUAUUGGCAACCUAAACCUCAUCGGUCCCCUCCCCCACCAGUCCCUCCACAAGUUGGCCAAGCAAUAUGGCCAAUUAAUGCAACUUAAGUUUGGUUCUUACCCAGUUGUAGUUGCUUCUUCCUCUGAAAUGGCAAAGCAAUUCCUAAAGACACAUGACCACAUCUUUGCCUCUCGCCCUCCAACUGCUGCUGGCAAGUACACCACUUACAACUACUGCAACAUAACAUGGGCUCCUUAUGGACCAUAUUGGCGCCAGGGCCGAAAAAUUUACCUCACAGAGCUAUUCAGCUCGAAAAGAUUAGAGUCCUAUGAGUACAUUCGCGUCGAGGAAAGGCAGGCUUUCAUCUCCCGUCUAUAUGCAUUGUCAGGAAAGCCUGUUCUGCUCAAAGAUCAUCUCUCACGUGUCACGCUUAGCAUUAUAAGCAGAAUAGUAUUGGGCAAGAAGUACUUUAGUGAAUCAGAAUACGAGAAAUCAAUUGUGACGCUUGAAGAAUUCCAGGAGAUGUUAGAUGAGUUGUUCUUGCUUAAUGGUGUGCUGAAUAUUGGAGAUUGGAUACCUUGGAUUGACUUCCUGGACUUGCAGGGCUACGUUAAGCGAAUGAAAACUUUGUGUAAGAAGUUUGACAGGUUUCAUGACCAUGUGCUUGGUGAACACAAGGCAAGGAAGGAAGCAGACAAGGAUUUUGUGGCCAAGGAUAUGGUGGACUUCUUGUUGCAGCUUGCUGAUGAUCCCGAUCUCGAGGUUAAGCUCACCAGUGACGGUGUCAAGGGGUUUACGCAGGACCUAAUAGCUGGUGGAACAGACACCUCAGCAACUACUGUGGAAUGGGCAAUGUCUGAACUCUUGAAACAGCCACACAUAAUUAAGAAGGCAACCAAAGAGCUUGAUAGAGUGAUCGGAAGAGACAGAUGGGUGGAAGAGAGAGAUAUUCCAGAGCUUUGUUACAUAGAUGCAAUCGUGAAGGAGACAAUGAGGCUACAUCCAGUGGCGGUAAUGCUGGCACCACAUUUAGCCCUUGAAGACUGCAAUGUGGGCGGUUACUUUAUCCAUAAAGGGACUAGAAUUUUCAUAAACACAUGGAGUAUAGGGAGGGACCCUAAACUAUGGGAUGCACCGGAAGAGUUCCGUCCAGAGAGGUUCUUAGGGAAAGCAAUUGAUGUGAAGGGACAGAAUUUUGAGCUAUUGCCAUUUGGAUCAGGGAGGAGGAUGUGCCCCGGAUACAGCCUUGGACUAAAGAUGAUUCGGACAAGCUUGGCGAAUAUGCUGCAAGGAUUCGAUUGGAAUUUACCUGGGAAUAUGAAGAUAGAAGAUUUAAACAUGGAGGAAGUUUUUGGACUGGCAACACCGCGAAAGGUCCCACUUGUCGCAGAGAUGCGGCCUAGGCUCCCAGUUCAUCUAUAUCAGUUCCCAAUGUGA